AUUAUUAUUAUUAUUAUUAUUAUUAUUGUCAUUAUUGUCAUUAUUAUUCUUAUUCGUCUUCUUAAAACUAUUUACGGAGUACAGUAUCAAUAUUUAGAAUUCUUCUUCUUAGGCCUUUCCGAAGACAGAGCUCGCUCCCGAGACCGAACCCAAAACCGACCCGAAGACUUGCAAUAAUAAUAAUAAUAAUCAUAAUAAUAAUACUGACUUCCUAUCAUCAUCCCCAUCCCAUCUCAUCCCCAUCUCAUCCCCAUCUCAUCCUCGUCACUACAGCAAGAAUGAUCUCUCUCGGCCCCGUCCUCGUCCUCGUCCUCGUUCUCGUUCUCGUUCUCGUGGCUAUCACCGCUGGAGAGUAACCUGAGGCCUUAAAAAUUCCUGGUAGCUAAACAAAACUUACUCCGAGGGGUUGUUGCGCUCCCCAAACCAAGCAAGUGUUUUGCUUGGACUGAACCAAGAUAAAUGACAUUUCCACAAAUCCCAUCGUCCGGGACAAUCCACGGCGUUUCUAGUCAGUCGCCAGACAAGCAAUUGGAAAGCAAAAUGAAUUCAUAUUUUCUGCCUGAUCGUCACCCUCGAGAAGGCUACAAUGUACAUGUACAUCAUCUACAUCUACAUGUACCCUCGACGCAAGACGCGGCCCAGUCUGAGUUACUGCCAACCCCACAAUAUCCCCACACCAACUCCUCCUCCUCCCUGUGGUAUCAUCCCCAUCAUCUCCAUCAUCUCCAUCAACCGCAACUACUUCAUCCGCAAGUCCAUCGUUCCCAUUCCCUUUCACAAAUGCCGUCCCUCCCAAAUGAUCAAAGAAAACACAAAAGAACAAGAAGUGGAUGCUUCACGUGUCGUUCUCGCCGAGUAAAGUGCGAUGAGACUCGUCCAACUUGCGAUCGUUGCAGUAAGGGCAAAAGAGAAUGUGUCUAUCCGCCGCCCCCAGCAAGAAGAACAACAGGAAGCCGCGCAAAUCCGGGAACUGCUGAAAAACAUCCAGCAAUACCAGAAAGUGGAUCUUCGGAUGAAAAUAAUGACCGCGACUCGGCGAUCUCGAAAACGAACAAUGCAAAAAGGAAUGGAUCUACAAACGAAGACCUCUCUUCUCGCCCAAAGUCUCCACCGGUAUCGAGACUAAAAGCAUCUAUUUCUCGAAGACAACGUGCCCAAUCACUGCCCAGGCGGAGAGGACGACCACCUUCCGAAGCAGCAUCCGAUAUCCAAGAGAGAGAUAAUUCUCCCGUAAGUGAUGUGACGUCUGCAAUAUCGGAAUCCCGGAGCAGCCCCGAUGAUGGCACUGAAGCACCAGCACUUGGACCACUUGGACCCUCUCUUGAGGCAAUUUCCAGCUUGCCCGGUGCUUCCAAGCUUACAGAAGACGUGAAAUUUUUUCUCGCAUAUCAUCGACAUUAUAUUACAUUUCGCCACUAUUUUAUGCGACAGGACGCACAGUCCUUUAUCAACAACGAUAUCAUUUUACUAGCUAUGCAAUAUAAGCCACUGUUGUAUGCUAUCGUCGGGUUUUCGUCUUAUAUUUACUCCAUCAGGCAUCCCAAUGGCAAACUUUACACCUUCCUCCAGUACUAUCACAAAUCAGUAACGGGCCUAUUGAAGUCGCUAAGUACGAGCAACGUGCACCACGAUGCUAUGAUGCUGACCAUCCUUCAGCUAGCAACUUUUGAAGAGUACAUAGGGGAUUGGGUGAGCGUUACCGACCAUCAUCAAGCCGCCCAUCGGAUGCUCACCGAGCUCUAUACGCCAGAAAAAAUCAAUGAAAAUGAGUUCCGCCGCUAUAUGUUCCUCUGGUAUACCCGUUUCGAUAUAGUAUCCGGUAUCUUAGCCGGAAACGAAGCCAUUUUGAGUCGAGAAUGGUAUAUUGCGUGUGAGUUGUUCGCCGUCGAGGACGAAGCUAGCCACCCGGGCAACAUCAACAAAAAGUUUUACACAUUGGCCCUCCGCAAUCGGAGGGUUGGCAUGGAUAUGGCGUCAUUAAUUGCAAAGACAUCGCGUGGGCUUAUUACGAUUGAAGAAUUUUCACGCCAAAAUCAAGAUAUCACUGCCAGGCUUGACAAAAUUCAGGACGCGUGGAGUUGUUUAGUCCAUCCGGAUCACCUAAUUACGUCCUUCCCAAAUAAGGUCCCUCUUGGGCCGAAUGAUAUCGUGGACCCUUACGUGCCUGGGAGGAUAUAUGAUGAAUCAUUGUGGGAUGUUAACAAUUUGCUUGUUGACAUCAUCGGUGCCAGAAUGAUGCAUAAAUACCAAACGGGUUUGCUGUUGCAGCAGCUGGACCUUGAGGAACUGCAAGCCGAUGCAUUAAAGCUAUGCAGUCUGAUUGAAACCAUGGAACGGUGGCCCGACAAACCGAAAGACUCUAUCCUACAGGCUCAAUCCUCUUUCGCUCUGGCUGUGCUCUUCAUUCCUAGUGAUGAAAAACAUAUUAUGUGGUCUCGGAGGAUAUUGGCGAAGGUGGAACGACUUGGCUUUAUUUACCCAUCCGCAUUCCGCGCCAAAAUGGCAGAUUUAUGGCAACUUCCCGAACUGAAUCAUUGGUGGCUCCCAAACGAAGAAGGAUAUCCAAGAAUAGUUAAUGAAAUCCGUGACUGGACUAGUGAGCGCGAACUUAAACCACGAGACACAUUCCGCGAGGACAUUCGAGAUUUGAAGACGAUGUUCUGGCGAAUGGCCAUGGGUGGUGAUGAUAGCAGCCACGGAAGCUCUCCAAGCAAUACACUCACGCCUCCUACUGCAGCUGGACUAAAUCCUGACACGUCUCCAUCCGAAUCAACCUCCUAAUACGCUAUAGUCGUCCAGCGUCGGGGCUUCCGGUAUAUUCUUCUUAAUUUUCAAUUAUGCACGCGGCGAGGGAUAAAGCGUCGUUAUUGCUCUUAUCCCUAACUUCCCCUUUUUCGAUUCUACGCGGACUGGGAUUUGGGGGCUCGCAUAACGAAAGGCAUUUUACUCUUCCACCACCCGAAAGUACAAUGUACAUUAUAUAUACAAUCGUUCCACCUACCCUACCUGUCAAACACCGGGAUUUGAAAUUGCAUCUUUAGAUACCUUUCGAGCCGCCCAGACGUGGAAUUAAACUUCCAUUCCAUCAGUUAACCCGCGUUUAUUGUCUACUGGGAAAUGCCUUCCGUUAGUGCGGCUCGAUCCUUUUCGGCCGAGGCGUUUCGUUGUCCUCAAUGGCCCCAGCAAAUUGAUGAAAAAAAUCCCAGUUAAAAAAAAGGGAGGAAAUGGAUAUCCACACGCUUUACAUUAUCGAGCCCACAGUUUUUCACGCUUGGUGAGAAGAGAAUACAACGGCGUUUCGGAAAACGGACAGAAUAGAACCUGCCAAACAUGUGUGUUUUGCCUCCUUGGUCUCGGACCAUGGGGGACUGAUUGAUGAAUGACCCUAUCGAACGACGUCCGGCGCUACGUACGAAAUGCAAGAUGACGUCAUCGAUGUCCAUAACUAGGCCGAUAAGUCACCUGCUUUGGCGUUCAUUCCUCUUAUCAGGCGUAUCACGAAACAACGGGGUCGCCUACUUAUUUAAACGAUCGAUCGAUUUCAGGCUGGUUCCACGUGUACAGCAGCAUGUGCAUGUGCAUGUGCAUGCGCAUGUACAUUAUUAUUACAUGUACAUGUACAUACAUAGUAACAGCGCCAAGCGCACGGUCCUAAUCCCAACCUUCACUCGGCUACUACUAUCUUGAGCUGGACGAGUAAGAAGGAACUGGAACGGAAUUUCCCGCCAAAGGAAACGGCCGUGCGGGUACGUGCCGCAGGAUGCUCCCUCCGUUAUCGUAAUCCCGAAACGCUGCUUUUAUCGGGCAAAAGCGAAGUGGGGGGCCCGUGGGGCGGCUAGGGUGGAUAUCAUGGGGAUGGAUGCGGCCCGGUGGCGUGGUUUGAUGGGGCGGAGUGGGGCGGGUGGGGCGGAAAUAAGCGCGAGUGCAAAACAUAAUUAAUAGAAAUAUGGAGACACAACACCCACCCGCCCAUAUAUAUAUAUAUAUCCAUUCUAAAGCAACUUUACUCGUAUACCAGGGAAAAAAAAUUUUUUUUGACGGUGCUAUUAUUACAGGAUGUUAGUUAGGGGGGGUUGAAAAGCUCUACCUCAUUUCGUUCGUAUUACACGCAUUCGUCGUUCCUUUUGCUUUCCUUUUACUUGUUUCUCGGAUUGCUUUGCUUUGCUUACGACAACGUGUAUCUUUUGUUAAGUUUUGGGUAUGUAUUCAUUGUUACCACCUCGUACAGCAGCAGUUGAUCGGGACGCGAAGAGCCCUUUUUUCCCCCCUUUCUACCCAUUUUGAUACAGGGAACAACAAAUUUUUUUUCAAAAGUUGCUUGUCUUGGGCGGAAAUUGUGGUUCUUCCAUAUGUACUACGUACAAUAUGUAAAAAUGAAAGGGUAAUUUCGAGAAGUAUAGAAGUAGACGAAAAAAAAAAAAGUGCCAAGAAGAGCCAAACCCAACCGGCCGGGAGAAGUUAUCAACUCCAAGCAUCCAGCAAUGAACGACUGAGUCGAUAUCUCACUCAAUUGUUUCGAGUGCUGCGCAGGAAUGCCCUCGCACAUAUACAUAUGGCGAGAAGAAAACCGCAGAGUUAAAUUAUCUCAAUUUCACUCUCCUUCUGCUCCAUAGAUCCGAACCGACACACCCGGCCUUGCCGAAACCUCCACAGCCUCAACAAUAGUUUCCAAUCCCCCAGCCAAUUCCUUCCCCCGCGGGCUCAACAUCUCAUCCCUCCCAACGAAACCUUCCCCCAGCACAUCUUCCCCCCACGGCAGAGCGUCCACAUCCACUUCCAUCCCCAGCAGACACUUCAACACCACUCCAGCACCAGCCUUGCUCAUGACGACAUUCAUCUCCUUACACCGCUCAUCGCAAACGCAUUCGAUGCAGCCCUGCGGAGCCGUACACUGGCACGCUUCAAUCCGCCCCAGCGCCCGUCGGAGCAGACUAUCGACGAACUCGAAGGCCUUGGCGGCGAUGCCCGAACCUGAUGGCCCGCCCUUGGCGUCGUAGAAAGUUAGUCGGGCGGGGCGCUGGCGGGCAGGCUUGGGAGGAGGUGGAACGGCGUGGGAUUGGGCAUGAUCAUGAUGGGCGAGUGCCUGUCUGUGCUUUGGACCUAAUUCCUUAGCGGCAACUUUGCACUCUGUGCGGACAUCGCCAGGCGACGAGCUGACGAUGUAUGUUGGCAUGAGAGAGAGAAUUGCAUGCUCGGCGGCGUGGAUGGCUGCGGCCGCGUUGAGGUUGCGGGAUUUCAAGAUAUCCAGUGCGCCUUUCGGCACGUCCAGCCACAUUCCCUUGCUCAUGAUUUCGAUCGGAGGAUUAUCGAGCGCCACGGCAUCGAGAAUUCGCCCCUUUUUAUCCAGUUUGAAAUACCCAUAGACGACGGUACGGAUCCUGAUGGCGCCAAAGAACGCCUUGGUGUUGGCCGAGGCACUGAUGCGCCUUAUGGCUUCCGUCUCGACAGGGUCUAUGUCCGUGAAAUCACGUUGUUGGGUGGUCCAGUCCACAUGGACGCGGACGACACGGGCAAAACGUCGGUCUGUGUUAAGCUCCUUGACCAUAUAUGGAUUUCCUUGGUGAAAGAAAAUGCCUCCUUCGUAGAUACUGAAAAAUACUCUCGAUUCCUCGAUUUCUUCGAUUACUGCAUUUCGGUUGUUAGUUGUGUCGAUGAUUGCAUAGUGGUUAUCUUCAGUGUCACGAAUAGCCACACAUUUCGAGGGGUGCGGGCGGAAUCGCUCGUGGCAAUGGUAAAAGCCUAAAUUAUCUUUGGUGAGCCGUGCAGAUGCAAACUCGUAGAGCUGUGGGCCGAAAUAUUCAGUAUCUUCUUCCGGCCGGAUGGGCAUUUCGAAGGCAGCACACUGGACAUGGCCUUCAAGGACCAACUCAUUUCGUAAGUCCACCUGCAGUUCACAGUUGGGCUUCGUAAAAAGUUCGUCUGGAUUCUGCAUAUAAUAUUGGUCGGUGGCGUAGGAAUCGCCGACGAGGAUAGAAACCGAGUCCUUGUUUCUGCGCCCAGCACGCCCACUUUGUUGACGCAGAUUUGAAAUGGAGUAUGGAAAUCCAUGCGUUAUCACAGCAUCAAGUGAACCAAUAUCCACGCCUAGCUCGAGCGCAUUCGUAGCGACGAUCCCAAGUAAUUUCCCUUCAAACAUAUCCCGCUCUAUUUUUCGUCUAUCCUGUGGACUAUAGCCUCCACGGUAACCCAUGACAAACCGUGAGACAUUAAUUCGAUCUAGGCUUUUGAACUCAUCUCUAACAGCACUCAGCAAGAGUUCACACUGUUUUCGAACCCGACAGAAGGCAAUCACGCGUACGCCUCUCAAAACCAGCUGGCAGAACAAACGGGCGCUCUCCUGGAUACUAUUACCGCGGCCAGAAGAUGGGUCACCAGGAUCUCGAAACGGGGUAUUCCAGCAUAUAAAUUCCUUUCUCCCCGAAGGCGACCCGUCGAUGUCUGUUAACUUCACAUCAUCAAUUCCAAAUAUUGUUUGCAUAUGUUCCACGGGAUUCGCAACCGUCGCUGAACAAGAUAUAAACUUGACACGGCGGUUUCCAACAGCAGCACAUAUCCUCCGUAGCCGUCUCAUAAUGAAGGCAACGUGGGACCCAAAAAGACCGUUAUAAACGUGUAGUUCAUCCACAACUACGAAUUUCAAGUUCUUUAGGAAAGUACGCCAAAAGGAUUCUUGAGGUAAUAUCGUAAUAUGUAGCAUAUCCGGAUUGGUGAAAAUAAUCCGUGCCUCGUCUCGAAUUGUAUUUCUAUCCGCCAUAGGGGUGUCUCCGUCAAAUGUUUCCACAAGUAUAUGCUCCAAGCCUUCGAUAUAGCCCAAUAAUUCCUUCAGACUCCGUCGUUGAUCCUGAGCAAGUGCCUUUGUUGGAAAGAUAUACAUCCCUCUACUAUGGGGAUCUUGUUCCAGCUCAUGUAGCAUCGGAACCUGGUAAAUAAGCGACUUCCCUGAGCUCGUCGAAGUAGAAAUGAUGACAUUUUUUCCGUCAUGGAGGUUAUUGAUAGCCUCUGCCUGGUGCGAAUAGAACUUCGUAAUGCCUCGGGUAUUGUACAAGGCGUUGACCAGGCUCUGCGAAAGAGGAAAAUUCAGAUCGCCAUAAACAGCUGGCUGUGGAUCAAAGACCCGGUGUCCAUCGGGUACUAUCUGAUCAUGGUACCACUCCAUUUCUCUUAUGCUCGCAAUGAUUUCUGCAAUAGUUGGGCGUUCCUUAGGUAUCUGUGCGGGGAACCUCGCUGCAGCAGGAGUGCUAACACCACUCCGGGGUGAUACAGGGACAUACAUCUCUUUAUCAGCCUCCAGCUUCUCGACAGGAUCGAUAUCCUCUUCCUGACACUUCGCAAGAAAUGCAUCAACAGCGUCCACAAAUUUCUUAUUUCGUUUCUCGAUCAGACUCAUCAUAUGUUUCUGGCUGUAGACGGGCACCCUAAUGUCGUCUGCUUUCGAUCUCCGGCGUGAAAUAUUCUGCUGAGCGUCCUUCUUCAAAUCCCCAUCCACAAAUUCAAAUAUCAAGGCAUCGCUCUCACCAUCCGGAUUUGGAUCCUCGCUCUCUCCGGCAUCCUGCCCCAUCCCCUCAGCCUCCCAGUCACUCCAAGUCUUCCCAAGUCUAGUAGAUUUGGCCUCCUUCACUCCCACAAGAUCCACCACCCCCUUAUCAACAAUCUCCAAUCUCACGGACCGCGGGAUCAGCACCUUAACCCUCGCAGCAUCUUCAACACUCAGUUUGCGCCCGCCCGUCUGCGCCUCAACAGCCGUUUUGAUAUUAUCAAACGUCGUCGCAAAGUGCUUUCGCGCAGAGCAGAACGUGUAAACGAGGUUCAAGGCGCGGUGUGUUUGAGCGAGGAGCUUGAAAGGUUCAGGCCAGGGGAUCGACGGAGAGGAAGUGGUUAGUGAUUUUUUCGACCGACCCCGGGAAGAGGCGCUACUAGAUCUCGAAGAUGAGGUUGUAGAGCGUUUUCUUUUGCCAGCCGUAGGCUCCAAUGUAGUCAUGCUACGCCCCCCAUCAUGCGCUUUGGUUGGGAGGAUAGUAGUGGUGGUCACCUCCACUGGUAGGCUUGUUGAAGGAUUCAUACGCGCUUUUCCAACGUCUCCUUCUUGACCAUCACCUCGAAAGUCUGGGGUAGGAGAUAGAUAUUAUUCAUGGGUAUGGAAAAUUCUGGACGAGAGAAGAUCCACUCAGAUGUGAAAAGCAGCUUCAUGUAGUACUCUUGUUUAAAAUAGCCUACCCGAAGGCCAUUUGUACGGGUUGCUGUCGCUCGCUCUCUUAUAAUGUAGUACAGAUGAGGUUCCAACAGUCGCGCGGCGAGCAACACGUGGUCAUGUGACUUGUAGUUAAUGGAUGGAUGCGCUCCUUGUUUGAAAAUUUGACCUCUUAAAAACAACUAUUUUCUUC